GUCUUUCCAUGUGGAUGUAAUCAUCUCCAUUUCAAAUUUUCACGUUGUUCUAGGAUGGCCGAGUUAAUGCCUUGUACUCAACACCUUCAUUAUACACUGAUGCCAAAUAUGCAGCAAAUGAAACUUGGACUCUCAAGACGGAUGACUUUUUCCCAUAUGCAGAUGGUCCAAAUGGAUACUGGACAGGAUACUUCUCCAGUAGACCUUCUUUCAAACGGUAUGUCAGAAUGAUGAGCGGUUACAAUCUGGCAGCCAAGCAACUAGAAUUUCUGAAAGGAAGGGACAACUCAGGGCUCACCACUGACAGUUUGGCUGAUGCUUUAGCAAUUGCUCAACAUCAUGAUGCAGUUAGUGGAACUGAACAGCAGCAUGUGGCAAAUGAUUAUGCUAAACGACUAUUUAUAGGCUAUGCAGAGGCUGAGAAGCUAGUUCAGCUAUCACUUGGCUGCUUGACAGAAUCAUCGUUAAAUUCAGAUUGUUACAGCCCCAAAACAAACUUUGAACAGUGCCCGCUCUUGAAUUUAAGCUACUGUCCGCCAUCUGAAGCUGACUUCUCAAAUGGAAAAAGCCUGGUUGUUCUGGUGUACAACUCGCUGGGUUGGAAAAGGGAUGAUGUGAUCCGAAUACCUGUUGUCAGCGAUUCUGUCACUGUCCUGGAUUCUUCCAGUGGUGGAGAAAUUGAAUCUCAGCUUUUACCUAUCAUUGAAGCUUCUGUGAGCAUAAGAAGUCAAUAUGUGAAGGCCUAUCUUGAUGAAUCCGUUGAUGUUGCUCCCAAAUUUUGGCUUGCUUUCCAGGUGUCUGUACCACCAUUUGGCUUCAGCACAUAUAUUAUUUCCGGUGCUAGAAGCAGAGUCUCUGCUGCUGCUAUAUCAUCUCUGCACCAAUCAAAGGAAAGCAACAAUGGUAAUAUAGAGAUUGGUCCUGGGGAAUUGAAGCUUCUAUUUAAUUCCAAUGAACGUGAACUCUCUUAUUAUACUAACAGCAGAAGAGCUGUCAAUUCGUCCUUAAAGCAGUCAUAUAAGUUCUAUACUGGAUCUGUUGGAGAAUAUGCUGAUCCUCAGGCUUCUGGGGCUUAUGUUUUCCGCCCAGAUGGUACUCACCCCAUCAAAUUCGAUGAAGAGGUGCCAUUCAAUAUUCUCCAAGGACCCAUAUUGGAUGAGGUGCAUCAACAGAUCAAUCCAUGGAUCUAUCAGAUUACUAGAGUCUACAAGGCAAAAGAUCAUGUUGAAUUUGAGUUCCUUGUCGGGCCCAUACCCAUUGGUGAUGGAACUGGGAAAGAAUUAGUAACUGAGUUUAUCACAUCGAUGAAGACCAACAAGAUAUUUUACACUGAUUCCAAUGGCCGUGAUUUUAUAAAGAGGAUUCGAGAUUACAGAGCAGAUUGGGAACUGCAUGUGAAUCAACCUGUAGCGGGAAAUUAUUAUCCUAUUAAUCUUGGAACCUAUAUAGAAGAUAAUAGCACAGAAUUAUCACUUCUGGUUGACCGAUGUAUGGGAGGCUCCAGCAUUCAGGAUGGUCAAGUAGAAUUGAUGCUUCAUAGGCGAUUGCUUCAUGAUGAUGGUAAAGGUGUGGCAGAGGCACUCAACGAAAUAGUUUGUGUGAAGAACGAAUGUGCAGGAUUAUCAGUUCAGGGAAAAUUUUAUCUUAGAAUCGAUCCAUUGGGGGAGGGAGCUAAAUGGCGCCGAACUACUGGACAGGAGAUAUAUUCUCCUCUUUUAAUUGCAUUCUCGGAGCAGGAUGGAGAUAACUGGGCGAAUUCUCACGUCUCAACCUUCUCCGCAAUGGAUUCUUCAUAUAGUUUGCCAAGCAAUGUUGCUAUGAUUACCCUCCAGGUUCUCAAGGAUGGAACUGUUCUCCUUCGUUUGGCGCACCUCUAUGAGGUGGGUGAGGACAAGGACCUCUCUGUAAUGGCCACCGUUGAUCUUAAUAAGAUUUUUCCUGGAAAGAAGGUCAUCAAGAUUACUGAGACAAACCUCUCUGCUAAUCAAGAGAGAUCAGUAAUGGAGAAAAAGAGGCUGAAAUGGAGAGUGGAAGGGACUUCAAACACCGAGAAAUUGGUGAGAGGAGGACCUAUUGAUCCUUCCAAGCUUCUGGUGGAGCUGGGACCAAUGGAGAUACGCACAUUUCUCAUCGAUUUCGAUCAUAUAACCACCCAACAGGUGAACUCGCACGCAGUUCAGCGAUGAAAGUAACUGAGUUUUCCAAAUUGCAUGGAUUUUGGACUAUUCGAGAGACAAAAGGUUAAAGCUUUCACAACGGCUAUUUGACUUCAUCUCUAAAGCCAAUCGCUGCAUAUGGCCUUUGGAAAACAUGUACAUGCAUAUAUGGUAUGUGUAGCAGGUGAUGAACGGAUCUCAUCAUUUUAGAACUUCAGUUGUCUUUACAAUGAACUAUGAUGCAUUGAUAUAAAUAAUGAGAUAUGAUAAUAAAA